AUGGCAGCCCUACCACGUAGGAUAAUCAAAGAGACACAGCGAUUGAUGCAGGAACCCGUACCGGGAAUAAGUGCGGUUCCAAGUGAGACCAAUGCGCGUUAUUUCCACGUGCUCGUCACGGGCCCCGAGGACUCGCCUUUCGAAGGAGGACUAUUCAAAUUAGAACUAUUCCUGCCAGAAGAUUAUCCAAUGUCAGCACCGAAGGUUAGAUUUAUAACAAAAAUAUAUCAUCCUAAUAUAGACCGGCUUGGCCGCAUAUGCCUGGACAUAUUGAAAGAUAAAUGGAGUCCAGCUCUGCAAAUUCGUACGGUGCUUCUAUCUAUCCAGGCUCUACUCUCCGCGCCAAACCCUGACGAUCCGCUUGCAAACGACGUUGCAGAACUGUGGAAAGUAAACGAAAGUGAGGCAAUCCGAAAUGCCAAGGAGUGGACCCGAAGAUAUGCCAUGCUCAACUGA